AAGGGACCCAGAAAACCUCACCCCCCAGCAGCUCCUCGCCGUCCCUCCGGAGACGCCGCCUUCGCUCCUCACCGGCAGCUGCCUCUGCAAACCUGCUUGUGCAAUGGGUGGGUUGUGAGGGCCGGUAAGACCGACGAGCCGCCUGGCCUUGGCCACUGUCUUCUCUCUCUCUCUCUUUCUCCUUUCCGGCCCAUUUCUUCCUCUCCUCCAUGUGCUCUGCUGUUCUGUCUCUGGGGUUUUCGCUGUCAGGUAAUGAGGAACCCUGGGUCCCGUCAGCCUUGGAGAUGCCGAAGCGACGCGACAUCCUGGCUAUCGUGCUGAUAGUGCUGCCCUGGACGCUGCUAAUCACCGUCUGGCACCAGAGCACCAUUGCGCCGCUGCUUGCAGUGCACAAGGACGAUGGUGGGGACGCCCGUCGCGACUUCUCCCAGGGCUCCGACUCCAAGGAGUAUUGCCUCUCAGACCGGGAUAUUGUGGAGGUGGUUAGGACAGAAUACGUCUACACCCGCCCGCCUCCUUGGUCGGACGCUUUGCCCACCAUCCACGUCAUCACACCCACCUACAGCCGACCGGUCCAAAAGGCAGAGCUGACUCGGCUGGCCAACACUUUUUUGCACGUCCCAAACUUGCACUGGAUCCUGGUGGAGGAUUCCCAGCGACGGACUCCUCUCGUCACGCGGCUCUUGAGGGACACGGGGCUGAACUACACCCACCUCAACGUGGAGACCCCACGCAACUACAAGCUAAGGGGGGACAUGAGAGACCCAAGGAUUCCCCGGGGGACCAUGCAAAGGAAUCUGGCUUUAAGGUGGCUGCGGGAGACGUUUAACAAGAACAACAGCCAACCGGGAGUGGUUUACUUUGCCGACGAUGACAACACCUACAGCCUGGAGCUGUUUGAGGAGAUGCGGACCACCAGGAAAGUGUCCGUGUGGCCGGUGGCCUUUGUGGGAGGUUUGCGCUACGAAUCGCCCAAAGUAAACGCGGCUGGGAAGGUGUACGGCUGGAAGACCGUCUUCGAUCCUCACCGCCCUUUCGCCAUCGACAUGGCAGGCUUCGCAGUAAACCUCAGGCUCAUCCUCCAGCGACCUCAGGCGUACUUCAAAUUACGAGGGGUAAAGGGCGGCUACCAGGAGAGCAGCUUGCUCCGGGAGCUGGUGACGCUGAAUGACCUUGAGCCCAAAGCUGCCAAUUGCACUAAGAUUCUCGUCUGGCACACAAGGACGGAGAAGCCAGUCCUGGUGAACGAGGGGAAGAAAGGUUUCACAGAUCCCAAUGUGGAAAUCUGACAUCACACUACAAAAAAACCCCAGAGCAAGUAUUAACAGUGUAUUCCUUCUCGUGGAGUCCUCGAGCCAGCCAACCGGGUCUCCAGGCUAUCGUCUGGAUACAUUAAACCAAUUGAGAGCAACUGAGCCGAAUCAUCAAACCUACCAGACCGCUCAAGGCUCUCCUGCGCUUCCUCGUAAAACUCUUGAAUGAAGAAGGAAGGAUACACACUUGGGACCUUUGGAGACAAACCAGUUAUUUAAGGGAGGGAAAAGCCAAGAGGAAAAACAAAAAGCACAGAACCAGUGGAGUUGGGAUCCCUUUUGCACUGAGAUGCAGAGGCCAGUGGGGAUGCUGCAGGUGGGAAGGUCUGAAUGAUGGACGUGGAAGGAAGUGUGCUUGAAAAGCACCGUCCAGGAGCUGAGCAACAGCCCAAGGGACGGGCUUCUGCAAGAUGUUAAUAAGGACAAAGGUCACCAUUUUGACCAGGGACGGAUUGCACCGUGCAUAUCCUCCACCCGCUCCUCUGUCUCCACCCCAGCAGGAAUGGAACUUACUUGGACACAACCAUACAAAGCAGCAUUGAGAGGAGGGUGGUGCCUUUGGCUGUGGCACUCUUGCUGUUGAAAUUUAUGCCGUUAAAAGAUGGUCAGAUUUGGGCAAGGCAUAGGAAGGAUGGUAGGGGUGGAAGACUGCCAGUUGUAAACUAGCGCAUGCCCAAUGUUACCCCCCCUUUCCUGAAAUCCAUACCUCUUCCAUCAGCUCUAGGGAACUGGGUUAUAUCUUGUGUUCUGUUUAAUGUGACCAAAACCACAUGACAGGUUUUCUCACCAGGGCUCCGUAUUCUGUGGAUCGGGACAUGAUAUUUCUGAACCAGCCUGAUCCCAGUGGCACCGAUCCUUCGAGGCAUCAGGCUUCUACAACCUAAGUGCCAGUCUCAACUUAUACGAAGACUUGCGAGAUGACCUACCAUGCUCAGCGCCAAGCAAUGCUGCAAAAGAUCUCAUUCUCCCGGGGAUGAACACACUCCCCAUUGGGGCCCACGAGAAAAUGUCCAGAGAAAUAAGAGAAGGAAACUGGAAAAAAAAGGGCAGCAGCAAUCUUCUCUCAUGGAGUGAGUCCAGAAUUGAUUUCAGAAGCAUGUCUCCGGCCUCAAGAUGGGCUUGUAACUUUGGGAUGCUGUUCAUGGGACUACUGAAGGCCAAUGAGGGGGGUUAGGGUCAAAGUCAGAGAUUGUGAUUCACAAGUCAUCAAGGCGCUAUUAUCAAAGCCUAGAGCAAUCUGUGGCUAGGAUUAUGAUCUGCCAGCAAAUCCAAGGAAGGCUGGGGUGUGUGAGAAAGAUGAUGCUGGCAGCACCUUUUGAAGCAAACUGCUGUCUUAUAGCCGAAGAAGCACACUAGAGGGAAGAAGGUAGCAGCACUCAGAUCUGUACCACUCAAAUGAGGGGGCGAAAUCUUUGUACAUCUUGUUUUUAAAAAAUCUCCCAGCAAGCUAGCACACCAGGGGAUAAGAUAGUCAAUAUCCUCCUUCUCUGCUGUGCUUAAUCAUAAAGUAAUAAUCAUGUGCCUCCAAGUCAAUUCUGACUUAGGGCAACACUUUUCAGGUUUUCCAAGUAGA